ACAAGAAGAAUAGACUGUGAAAGGGAAGAGUUUCAAACAGCAGGGAAGGAGGAGAUGAACUGUAUUUGUGGGCAGAGUAGAGGGAUCCAGGUCAAACCCGACACUAAAAACUUGCUCCCGAGAGAUCUAUCAAGUAGAGAAACAUACUCUAUUAGCAUUAAAACAUUCAGAAGAAGCAGAAUAUGUGUAUUGAAGAAGCAGCCAACAAAAGUAUCAUGUGCACACAAGGGGCAACAAGAAAGAAGACACUUGGUCAAAAUGUGUGGAAUCACAUCAGCCAGAGAUGCUGCUUUGGCAGCAGAAGCUGGUGCAGAUUUUAUAGGCAUGAUUAUAUGGCCUUAUUCAAAGCGUUCUGUUUCACUCGCUGCUGCAAAGGAAAUUUCUAAAGUUGCUCGGGAAUAUGGAGCAAAGCCUGUUGGGGUCUUUGUAGAUGAUGAUGCUGAAACCAUACUGAAAGUUGCUGAUGCUGCAGACCUUGAAUUGGUUCAGCUACAUGGUAACGGCUCCCGAGUUGCUUUUCCUAUUCUGGUGAAGGAAAAGAAAGUUAUAUACGUUCUUCACGUGAAUGAAGCUGGAGAACUUUUGAACACUAUCUCCGAUGAAGAUUCCUCUUUGGUUGAUUGGGUUCUAGUUGAUAGUGCCAGAGGCGGAAGUGGCAAAGGAUUUAAUUGGGCAGGCUUUAAGCUGCCUGAAAUCCGAAGUAAAUGCGGGUGGCUUUUGGCGGGAGGGAUUAACCCCGGAAAUGUAUGUGAAGCACUCUGUACGCUCAACCCACAGGGAGUUGAUGUCAGCAGCGGAAUCUGUGCUCCAGAUGGCAUCCAAAAAGAUAAGUUGCAGAUAGCUUCCUUCAUGAAUGCAGUUCAACGUUUAAGGUGAUAAAGUAGUGUCCAAUGGUUGUUUGGUUUAGAUCGUUAUCGGAUUUUAUCUGUUUGGUUUCGAAAAUUGCCAAAUACAAAUACAUUGAGCAUUUGGUCAUUGUCGGUUUUAAUUUGUCUUGGUCACAUCAGUUGGUUUUCAAAGUUUAUACCACUGAAUCAAACCAAUCGUGAUCUUUAAGACCCUUUCAGUCAUUGUUCCUAAACAAACUGCCUGUUUUCUU